AUGGACUUCCCCUCUGCACAGCCCAAGCCGCCCACGGCCCUCUGUGGCGUGGUGAGCUCCGAUGGCAAAAUCACCUACCCUCCGGGGGUGAAAGAAAUCACGGACAAGAUCACCAACGACGAGGUGGUCAAACGGCUCAAGAUGGUAGUAAAAACCUUUAUGGACAUGGAUCAAGACUCAGAAGAUGAAAAGCAGCAGUAUCUCCCUCUAGCCUUGCAUCUUGCAUCUGAAUUCUUCCUCAGGAAUCCCAACAAAGAUGUACGUCUUCUUGUAGCAUGUUGUUUGGCUGAUAUUUUCCGAAUAUAUGCUCCAGAGGCACCGUAUACUUCCCAUGACAAACUCAAGGACAUAUUUUUGUUCAUUACAAGACAGUUAAAAGGUUUAGAAGAUACUAAGAGUCCACAAUUUAAUAGAUAUUUUUACUUAUUAGAGAAUUUAGCUUGGGUCAAAUCCUAUAAUAUCUGCUUUGAAUUGGAAGACUGCAAUGAAAUUUUUAUUCAGCUUUUUAGAACUCUCUUCUCAGUAAUCAACAAUAGCCACAAUAAGAAAGUACAAAUGCACAUGUUGGACUUGAUGAGUUCUAUCAUCAUGGAAGGCGAUGGAGUAACCCAAGAAUUAUUGGAUUCUAUUCUUAUUAACCUCAUUCCUGCACACAAGAACUUAAAUAAACAAGCAUUUGAUCUUGCAAAAGUCCUACUGAAAAGAACAGUUCAGAUCAUUGAGGCAUCCAUUGCCAAUUUUUUCAACCAAGUUCUGGUGUUGGGAAGGUCAUCAGUAAGUGAUUUAUCCGAGCAUGUAUUUGAUCUAAUACAGGAACUUUUUGCCAUAGAUCCUCAUUUAUUGCUCUCUGUUAUGCCACAACUUGAAUUCAAACUAAAGAGCAAUGAUGGAGAAGAACGUUUAGCUGUGGUUCGAUUGCUAGCUAAAUUGUUUGGUUCUAAAGAUUCUGAUUUGGCAACACAGAAUCGGCCUCUGUGGCAGUGCUUUCUUGGAAGAUUUAAUGACAUUCAUGUUCCAGUGAGAUUAGAAAGUGUGAAAUUUGCAAGCCACUGUUUAAUGAAUCACCCAGACUUAGCAAAGGACCUUACAGAAUACUUGAAGGUUAGGUCUCAUGAUCCAGAAGAAGCUAUUCGUCAUGACGUCAUUGUUACCAUAAUUACAGCUGGCAAAAGAGACCUUUCUUUAGUCAAUGAUCAGUUACUUGGCUUUGUGAGGGAAAGAACAUUGGACAAACGGUGGAGAGUUCGAAAAGAAGCUAUGAUGGGCCUUGCCCAACUUUAUAAGAAAUACUGUCUUCAUGCAGAAGCUGGGAGGGAAGCUGCUGAGAAAGUGAGCUGGAUAAAGGAUAAACUUUUGCACAUAUAUUAUCAAAAUAGCAUUGAUGACAAAUUGUUAGUAGAAAAAAUCUUUGCUCAGUACCUUGUUCCUCACAAUCUGGAAACAGAAGAAAGGAUGAAAUGUUUAUAUUAUUUGUACGCCAGCUUGGAUCCAAAUGCUGUAAAGGCACUCAAUGAAAUGUGGAAGUGUCAGAAUCUACUCAGGAGUCAUGUGCGGGAGUUACUGGAUUUGCACAAACAGCCAGCUUCAGAAGCUAAUAGUUCUGCCAUGUUUGGAAAGCUGAUGACCAUAGCAAAGAAUUUGCCUGAUCCUGGAAAAGCUCAAGAUUUUGUGAAAAAGUUCAAUCAGGUCCUUGGGGAUGAUGAAAAACUUCGGUCUCAGUUAGAGUUACUAAUCAGCCCUACGUGUUCAUGUAAACAGGCAGAUGUCUGUGUGAGAGAAAUAGCUCGGAAACUUGCAAACCCCAAGCAGCCAACUAAUCCUUUCCUUGAGAUGGUCAAAUUUCUUUUGGAAAGAAUUGCACCUGUGCACAUUGACUCAGAAGCUAUCAGUGCACUAGUAAAGCUGAUGAACAAGUCAAUAGAAGGAACUGCUGAUGAUGAAGAGGAGGGUGUAAGUCCAGAUACAGCAAUUCGUGCAGGACUUGAACUACUUAAGGUUCUAUCUUUCACACAUCCUACCUCGUUUCACUCAGCAGAGACAUAUGAGUCCCUGCUGCAGUGCCUCAGAAUGGAAGAUGACAAAGUAGCAGAAGCCGCCAUCCAGAUUUUUAGGAAUACAGGACACAAAAUAGAAACAGAUCUUCCACAAAUAAGAUCCACCUUGAUUCCCAUUUUACAUCAGAAAGCAAAGAGAGGUACUCCACACCAAGCAAAACAAGCUGUCCAUUGUAUCCAUGCCAUAUUCACAAAUAAAGAAGUACAGCUUGCACAGAUUUUUGAGCCUCUCAGUAGGAGUCUGAAUGCUGAUGUUCCAGAACAGCUUAUAACCCCAUUAGUUUCAUUGGGCCAUAUUUCCAUGUUAGCACCAGAUCAGUUUGCUUCCCCAAUGAAAUCUGUAGUAGCAAAUUUUAUCGUGAAAGAUCUUCUCAUGAAUGACAGGUCAACAGGUGAGAAGAAUGGAAAAUUAUGGUCUCCAGAUGAAGAAGUUUCCCCAGAAGUAUUAGCCAAAGUUCAAGCAAUUAAGCUUCUUGUGCGAUGGCUAUUAGGGAUGAAAAACAACCAGUCCAAGUCUGCCAAUUCAACUCUUCGGUUAUUAUCAGCAAUGCUGGUUAGUGAAGGGGAUCUGACAGAACAAAAGAGAAUCAGUAAAUCUGAUAUGUCUCGUUUGCGACUGGCUGCUGGUAGUGCCAUAAUGAAGCUUGCUCAGGAGCCUUGUUAUCAUGAAAUUAUUACACCAGAACAGUUCCAGCUCUGUGCACUUGUUAUUAAUGAUGAGUGCUACCAAGUGAGGCAGAUAUUCGCUCAAAAACUGCACAAGGCACUUGUGAAGUUACUGCUCCCAUUGGAGUACAUGGCAAUCUUUGCACUGUGUGCCAAAGAUCCUGUGAAAGAGAGGAGAGCCCAUGCUCGACAAUGUUUGCUGAAGAACAUCAGCAUACGAAGGGAAUAUAUUAAACAGAAUCCCAUGGCUACUGAAAAGCUAUUAUCCUUGCUGCCUGAAUAUGUAGUUCCGUAUAUGAUACACUUGCUGGCACAUGACCCAGAUUUUACAAAACCUCAGGAUGUUGAUCAACUUCGUGAUAUCAAAGAGUGCCUGUGGUUCAUGCUUGAAGUUUUAAUGACAAAGAAUGAAAAUAACAGCCAUGCCUUUAUGAAGAAGAUGGCAGAAAACAUCAAAUUAACCAGAGAUGCCCAGUCUCCCGAUGAACCUAAGACUAAUGAAAAACUUUAUACAGUAUGUGAUGUUGCUCUUUGUGUUAUAAAUAGUAAAAGUGCUUUAUGCAAUGCAGAUUCACCAAAGGACCCAGUCCUCCCAACCAAAUUUUUCACUCAACCUGAAAAGGAUUUCUGUAAUGACCGGAGUUAUAUUUCUGAAGAGACAAGAGUUCUUCUUUUAACAGGAAAGCCAAAACCUGCUGGAGUACUAGGUGCUGUGAACAAGCCUUUAUCAGCAACAGGAAGGAAACCUUAUGUCAGAAGCACAGGAACAGAACCUGGAAGCAAUAUUAAUGUAAACUCAGAAUUGAACCCUUCAACAGGAAAUCGAUCAAGGGAACCAAGUUCAGAAGCUUCAGAAACUGGAGUUAGUGAAAAUGAGGAGAAUCCUGUUAGAAUCAUCUCAGUUACACCAGUAAAGACGGAGCCUGUAAAGAACAAGGAGAUUAACUCUGAUCAGGCUACCCAAGGCAACAUCAGCACUGAUCGAGGAAAGAAAAGAACUGCAACGGCUUCUGGAGCUGAGAAUAUCCAACAGAAAGCAGAAGAGAAAGUAGAUGAGACAGGACCACCUGCCCCUUCCAAGGCUAGGCGAGGACGUCGGCCCAAGACUGAAUCUCAGAGCAGUGCAACAAAAAAUGACGAAACAAAUAAAUCAGCGGGUAGGGGAAGAAAGAGGGCCGCAGGUGGUCAGGAAAGCCCAGGGGGGCUGGAGGCAAGCAAUGCCAAAGCACCCAAACUACAAGAUAUAGCCAAAAAAGCAGCACCAGCAGAGAGGCAAAUUGAUUUACAAAGAAGCCAAGUACUGGAAAGUGAUGGAGAUUCACUUUGGGAAAUAGAGUCAAGUCCAGGAAAUUCUCCCAGGAACCUGGAUCAUUUAAAAGUCUGUGAAAGCAGCCAGGAAGAUACUGAGGAUACAGAACUAGCAAAGGGAAUCUUCAUUAAGGUAAAAAGAAACCUCACUCGAAAAGGGAGGAAAUGACGGCCAAAUAAAGACAGGCUCAUGCUUCUGCAAAAACUAGAAUUCUAAACGUACCUGUACAGAAACUGAGAUUACUUCAAAACGCCCAAUUUCUGCCUUGAAAACCGAAAAACGAUUACUUCCAUUUCAUAUAAUACCAGUCCUUGGAUGGAAAUGUAAAGCAGAAACUCUUCAGAGAGGCUAAAAGCAACUUGUACUUUAUUUUCCCCUGAGACUUUUUUAUGAAAAGUCAAUAAUUAAGCAAAUUGCUUAACACUUGGUUCCAGUUCCUGCACAUCUGGAGUUUAAAGUGCAUCACACCGUUCUUUUCCAUGCUGCAUUUUUUUUUAAAGAAAGUCACAGGAUGUCCUUACACUGACACAGAAAAUUCAUAAUUCUAGAGCCAGGAAUGCCCAUGUUACACAAGAAAAAUAGAAGCCUACUGAAAUAAUUUUAAGGAGAAAAAGAGAUUGGAACAAAUACUUCUUGGCUUUUCUUUUUGAAGACUUUUAUGUAUAAUUCUUUCCGCCUGCCUACUUUUCUGCAAAAAUAAGAUGUACAGAUUUUCAUUUCCCUGCUAUGAAAAGUCAUGUGGUGGCAAUUUUAUAAAUGUUGCUUUCUGAUUUUUAUCAGAGUGAGAAAAUAAUUAAAAUUAUUGAUCUACAAGUAAACAUUUCAUUUUUUUCAUUUCCCCCCACUUUAAUAUAAUUUGCAAUAAAUGUACAUAUUGUUGUUUGUUUUAUAAAGCAUAUCACUUUAAAAGAUUUUUACUCCAGUGGCUAUUAUGUUGGAAUAUUGAAAAUUUUGAAGGAGUAAAGGCAGUCCAGGAUUUGGUUUUAUAAUGUGCAUCACCAGAUUUUUAUUAUUGAUGUAAAAAAUGUCAAUUUUUAAAAAUAGAUGGACUUCAGUAGCUUCAGAAGGAAAGUUGGAAAUGUUUAGAAUCGCACUCAAUUUUCAGGAUUGCGAUAAAUGAAAGAAUGUCUGUUUGCAUUUUGUUUCUCAGUAUGAAUUUUUUUUUAUUUUAGAAGACUGUUGCACCAAUAUUAUGUUUCCUGGCAUUGUUCAUCAAAGAAAAAUGUACACUUUGUGUACACAUGAUCAUAUUUAAGUUGGUUGCAUAAAAUAAAUGCUUCUAGGUGUCAUGUGAUAGUCCUUACUUUUUAAUGUCAGUAUGUUUUCUUGUCUGAAAUGGAGUUUUCUUAUAUGCACAAGCUAAAUAGAUUCAGAAUUGGAUGAUUUGAUUACAGUCAACUCUUCAUUAUCCCUGGUCAUGGAGGCUAAAAAGAGGUCAAUUCAGCCCAAUGAGUGUGUCUGAACAAUGAAAGUCUCCUCUAAAGAUUAAAGGAUCUUCCAUGGAGAAUUCCCCUGCACAGAACUCUCCCGUUUCUUACUAGCAAUGUCUCCUUCACAGGCAGUCAGUCGGUAAACAUUUACUAAGCACCUACCUAUGUGCCAGGCACCAUGCUAAGAAUCAUUUAGCACAUGCCUCAACUGAACUGAACUUUUAUCAGUGUUUUUAUGCCAUGUGCCUAUCCAUACAAUUAGAGCCGGUAAUUAAACAAGUGUUAAUGAAAUUAUUUCAACAAAGAAUCAUCCUCAGCUUUGCUCAGUCACAAUAACAAUUUGGAAGCAAGAUUUAGGUUACUUACAUUAAACAAAUGUCUACCACCAUCCCCUCCAGGAUAAAAAAGAGUUGGCUGUAUAUGAAUAAUGUAUAUGGAAGAUAUAGGUAAAUCAAUUCAAUUGUCUAUAAGAGGCUUGCUAGUAAUAGGAACUAUGAUUCUGGGAGAAUAUAAAAUGGGCCCAACCAUUUUUUAAUGCCUUCUCUUUUAUUGCUUUGUCAUAUAAAUCUGAAAUGAAAUUCAGACUUGGUCCCUAGAUGGGAAGAGGCAGGAGGAAGAAAAAACUAUGCAUAAAUAUAUGAUAGCGACUUUAGGCAACCAGUAAAAAAUGGUCACAUCCUAGUAAGGGAGUCUCUGAGGUUUUCUUCGUAUCAGACAAGUUGAUUUCAGCAUCCUCAAGGAGAGGAAGAGAACCUUCUUUCCUUGGAACUCGACCUCAAAGUUGAAGACCAAAAAGCAAGUGAUACAGGGAGCCAUGUCAAAUGGGGUGGGGGGUGGUCGCUGCAAAUAAUUUAAAUUCUUGUUUUUGUGCACAAGGUGGGCUUUAAAAGCAAGCAGAGAACUGAAGAAUACACAGAUUAUAAAGAACUAGCAGGACUAUGUGCAGCUGAUUUAAUUAUGUCAUCCAAAUGUUUAGCACUAAGGGAAGUAAAAAAGAAAUAGAAAAAUGGGAGGUUGAAAAGAAAUUCAGCUAUGUUGAAUGGGAAAAUAUGUAUUUGAGCAAAUGUAUGCUUUCUUUUUAAACAAGAAAAAGUUAAUUCCUCUUAAUCUGGUGUUCACAUCUCAAAGUUAAACAAGAAGAAAAAGACCCACAUUUUGCAGUUUAAGAGCUAAUGUUAACCCUUUGUGACUAGUUUGAGGAUUCUUUUAACUUGUCUAAUAACACAAACCAGAAUUUUAUACUCUCUUUGAUACAAAGUGUGUAUAGUAGUUUUACAUAUUCUUGUGCUGCACAUGGGCUGGAUUUUUAGAAUUUUCUUUUUAAGAAUGAAGCAGAACAUUGUAAUUUGUGUAAAUGCAGAGUGUAAUAUCUACCAUGAAACACUAAAAACAUGGAUUGUUUCAAAUAAAACCAAGAAAUGCA